GUCCCUGGCAGCAGCUGGUCACGCCGAUGUCAACAAAGCCGCGGCGAGGACGGCAGAUUUGAAGUUCCCGGAGAAGAGGAGAAGAAUCUGAGAGUGGGCGUGAGCGAGGGCGUGGCGGGUCCUGUCGUGAUGGCGGGGGAGCGGGAGGGCGGCCGGGACCUACCCUUCCUGCGGGAGGUGAAGCGGGACCUGACGGUGGCGCGGGAGGAGUGUGUGCGGCGCGGGCUGCUGCACACGACCAAGUGGCUGAGUGAGCUGUUGCUAUGUGUGCGCGACGUGCCGCUGGAUGAGCCGCUGCCCUGCUGCCCCUCGCUGCAGGAAGUGUUGGGGGAGGAGCUGGACCACUACAACCUGGCCAAGUCAUACUUCGACCUCAAGGAGUAUGACAGGUGUUCCUACUUCACCAAGCACAGCACCACAUCACUGGGCCGCUUCCUGCACCUGUACUCAACCUACCUGUCGGGCGAGAAGAAGAAGAACGAUGACAUUGUGGAUACGCUCGUGGCUAACGAGCAACACAAGGGCGGCUACCUGAAGGUGCUACACACGGAGCUGUCCAAGAUGUACAACCUCACCCAAAACCCCUGCAGAGAUGACGGUGGUGGUGGUGAUGGCAGCGGCGGCACCAUGGACGCGUGGCUGCUUUGGGUGUAUGGCGUGGUGUUGAAGCGUCUGGACCUGACUCAGCAGGCCGUGGAGGUGCUGAGCGAGGCGGUGCACCAACAGCCGCUCCACUGGGGGGCCUGGCUGGAGCUGGCGGCACUCAUCACUGACAGGGAGAUGCUGGGCACACUGAAGCUGCCUGACCACUGGAUGCGUCGCCUCUUCCUGGCACACACCUACCUGGAGCUGCAGCUGAAUGACGAGGCGCUGGAGAUAUACACGAGUCUGCAGGACGCUGGGCUGGCCAACUCCACCUACAUCAUGGCGCAGGUUGCCAUCACACACCACAACCAACGGGACGUGGACCAGGCUGUGACGAUCUUCAAGGAGCUGGAGGCGGUGGACCCUUACCGCCUCGAUAACCUGGACACCUACUCCAACCUGCUCUACGUGAAGGAGAUGCGCGUGGAGCUGUCCUACCUGGCCCAUCGUGUGGUGCAGGUGGACAAAUACAGAGUGGAGACCUGCUGUGUUAUAGGUAACUACUACAGCCUGAGGUCACAGCACGAGAAGGCGGUUCAAUACUUCCAGCGAGCCCUGCGCCUCAACCCUCACUACUUGGCUGCCUGGACGCUCAUGGGCCACGAGUACAUGGAGAUGAAGAACACCAACGCCGCCAUACAGUGCUACCGCCAGGCCAUUGAGGUGAACAGAAGGGACUACCGGGCAUGGUAUGGCCUGGGACAGACUUAUGAGAUCCUCAAGCUGCCUGCCUACUGCCUCUACUACUUCAAGCAGGCCCAGAAGCUGCGUCCCAAUGACUCCCGCAUGCUGGUGGCCCUCGGGGAAAGUUACGAAAAGCUGGAGAAGACGGAGGAGGCCAAGAAGUGCUUCCUGAAGGCUCACAGUGUUGGCGACAUUGAAGGCAUUGCACUGCUCAGACUGGCAAAGCUGUAUAGUCGGCUGGCCGAGGGUGACCGGGCAGCCGUGCUGUUUGAACGUUACCUGCAGGAGACAGAGGAGGUGGGGCCCAGCGAGGACAGAGGGCAGGCCUACCUCUUCCUGGCCAACCACUGCCUCCAGAAGAACCUCUUUGACCUGGCCUAUGAGUAUGCCCAGAAGUGUACACUCUUCCCUGAGACGCGAGAAUCUGCCAAGACAAUGCUGCGGGAGAUUGCCAACCGAAGACAACACUCAGACCAGAACACACAGGACGACUGUGGCAGCGUGCUGGUGAGCAGAGCAAGACCACGACCUCUUGGGGGAGACCGCUCAAACAACAGCAGAUUACCUCCCCUCUCCCUUACCUAUACCCCUUAGCCCCCCCCCUCUCUUUCCUACACCCCCUAGCCCCCCAUCCACUCCUCUCUUACACCCUCUAGCCCCCCUCCUCUAUCUACACCCCCUAACCCUCCCCUCCUCUAUCUACCCUCCUACUUCUCCCCCUCUCUCAACAUCACCUACUGCAUCUCCCUUCGCCCCUUGGCUUCCUCACAACCAGCAAACACUACACACACACACACACACACGCACUCUCUCUCUCACCUGCCCUUCACCUUCCCUCUUCCUUUCCUUUUAUACACUCCUCUCUCAACUUCACUCCCUCAUUUUACCAGACCUGCCAUCCCACCCUUUCUGACCAACCUGUUACCUCUCAUCCACUCACUUUUAUACAUCUUAUCUUUCUUUGCCUAUGCUUACGGUACAGUCUCAUUUGCCUACCUAAGUGAUCAUAUCUCAGUUAACUAAGACAGGCACUACUUCAUCUCCAAGACAAGUUUCUCCCUCCCCCAGCCCCUCCAUCAACAACCUUUCAUUCAUCAUUUCUACAUCUUAUCUCUUUCCCUACACUUCUGGCACAGUCUUAUUUGCCUACCCAAGUGAUCGUCUCUGUUACAGUUCGCUUAAGGCAGACUCUACUACAUUCCCAAGAUCAGUUCCUCUCUCUAUCAAAAGCCCUUUCACUCAUCACUUCUACACCUUGUCCUUCUUUGCCUACACUUAUGGCACAGUCUCAUCUGCCUACCCAAGUGAUCAUCUCUUUUAGUUAACUUAAGGCAUAUUCUACUACAUCCCCAAGACAAGUUCCUCCCUCUCUCAGCCCCUCCGCUAAACCCCCUUUUCCUGUAUUCACCAUCAAGUACCAGUUCUUGGAUCACAUGCACUGACCAGCUAAUUAAUGAGCCUCAGCUUCUUCAUUGGUACAAAAAAAUGUAAAGAAUUUAUAUUUUUACAGUUAGGAAAUAAUAGUGCCCUUGUAAUUAAUGCAUCCCCAUGUUUCUAUUGUCAAUAGUGUUUUGUGUAGCACCCUCAAAUACACUACUUGUUAAGAAUUUU